AUGCUCAACCCCCCUCCUCUGCGACCGGCUGACGUAGCACUCGUCCCCAUCCCCUCCUCCAACAAGUCCCCCUCACGGUCUCCCCUUCGUCGUCCUCCCAACCGCCCCGACCCUACCCUACAACUACGCCGCGAUGCCCUCCACCCUCCCCCACUCCAUCCUCAACACCCCCGUCUCCUCCUCCGCCGCCGCCGCCGCCGGCCCAAACCCCGACGCCUCCGCCUCUUCCUCCUCCUCCACCACCACCCCCGGAGGCGGCGCCCGCCCAAACCCCGCUACGUCGUCUCCGCCACCGGCCAGGCCGCCAACCCCGCCGACAUCAUCGCCUCCUGCCGCGAGAUGCAGUCCCACCUAGACAAGAUGCGCAGCGACGCCGAGCGCGACCUCGCCCAGCUCAAGGACAGCAUCCGCCAGAGAGAACUCGCCGAGAAACGCAGAAUCGCCCCCGGCUGGCUCGACAGCGACGUCAGGGUCCUCGAGCCGGAGAGGAAGCACGCCGACGCCACCCCGGACAGCGGCGCCGGCGCCGCCUUGCCGGAAGGCGUGAGCGAGAUGGCGACUGACACGGACGAGGGCGCGGAGCUAGACCGGGCGUUUGGCACUUUGAAGGUCUGA